ACGUGUGGUCCACUUGAGGCAGGGGCCACGUCAAUAGACAUUCCGGCAGGGACUGGGGCGCUCGUCUCGGUGGGCAUGUGCUUUACUCUUGCGGGUGGGACCAACUCAGAGACGGUUUGCAUUUCAGGCUUGGGGCAGGACCAGAUGCAGCUGGUGAGCCCCACGCAGUUCGCGCACCCCGCUGAGUCAACGCUCACACUGUUGGAAGGCGUCUUCGCGUCUUCGAACACGACGCUUGCUAUCACGUGUGGUCCACUUGAGGCAGGGGCCACGUCAAUAGAUAUUCCGGCAGGAGCUGAGGCGCUCGUCUCGGUGGGCACGUGCUUUGCUCUUGCGGGUGGUAGUAACUCAGAGACGGUGUGCAUUUCAGGCUCGGGGCAGGGCCAGAUACAGCUGGUGAGCCCCACGCAGUUCGCGCACCCCGCUGAGUCAACGCUCACACAGUUGGAUGGAUUGGUUAUUACGUGUGGCCCCCUUGUGGCAGGGGCCACGUCAAUAGACAUUCCGGCAGGGACUGGGGCGCUCGUCUCGGUGGGCAUGUGCUUUACCCUUGCGGGUGGGAACAACUCAGAGACGGUUUGCAUUUCAGGCUUGGGGCAGGACCAGAUGCAGCUAGUGAGCCCCACGCAGCUCGCGUACCCCGCUGAGUCAACGCUUACACAGUUGGAAGGCGUCUUCGCGUCUUCGAACACGACGCUGGCUAUCACGUGUGGUCCACUUGAGGCAGGGGCCACGUCAAUAGACAUUCCGGCAGGGGCUGAGGCGCUCGUCUCGGUGGGCACGUGCUUGACCCUUGCGGGUGGGAACAACUCAGAGACGGUUUGCAUUUCAGGCUUGGGGCAGGGCCAGAUGCAGCUGGUGAGCCCCACGAAGUUUGCGCACCCGGCAGGGGCCACGUCAAUAGACAUUCCGGCAGGGACUGGGGCGCUCGUCUCGGUGGGCAUGUGCUUUACUCUUGCGGGUGGGACCAACUCAGAGACGGUUUGCACUUCAGGCUUGGGGCAGGACCAGAUUCAACGCUCGCACUGGUGGAAGGCGUCUCCUCGUCUUCGAACACGACGCUGGUCAUUACGUGCGGCCCCCGUCAGGCAGGAUCCAUGUCAAUAGACAUUCCAGCAGGAGCUGAGGCGCUCAUCUCGGUGGGCACGUGCUUUACCCUUGAGGGUGGCGGCAACUCAGAGACGGUUUGCAUUUUAGGCAAGGAGCCGCUCCAGUUCUUGAGCCCCACGCAGCACUCGUACCCCGCUGGCUCGACGCUGACACUGUUGCCAGCAGGCGUCUUGGUCAUUUCGUGUGGCCCCCUCGAGGCAGGGGCCACGGCAAUCGACAUGGCACCAGAAACGCAGGCCCUUCUUUCGGUGGGCAUGUGCUUUGACCUCGCGGGCGGCAGCAACUCGGAGACGGUCUGCAUUCGAGGCUUCUUGCAGGACCAGAUCCAGCUGGUGCGCCCCACGCAGUUCGCGUACCCCGCCGAGUCCACGCUCACACUGUUGGACGGCGUCUUCGAGUCCUCGCCAAUCACUCUGGUCAUGACGUGUGGCCCCAUUGAGGCAGGGUCCAUCAUAAUAGACCUGCCUGUACAGAAACAGGUGCUCGUCGCGGUGGGCAUGUGCUUUUCCCUUGAGGGUGGCGGCAACUCAGAGAAGGUUUGCGUUACAGGCGUGUUGCCAGUGCAGCUGGAGAGCCCCACGCAGUUCGCGUACCCUGCUGGCUCAACGCUCACGCUGGUUAUUCCAGUGGGUCCCAUUGACGCAGGAGCGGUGUCGAUAGAAAUUCCAUCCGAAUUCCUGGAUCUAGUUUCAGUCGGCGAAUAUUUUCUGCUCGAGGGUGGUGGCAACUCAGAAAUGGUUUGCAUUUCCGGCUUUGGGUCGAUCCUGCUAGCAGAGCCCACGCAGUUCGCGUACCCCGACGACUCAACGCUAUCAGGGCCAAAAACGCUGACAACGACGACGACAUCAAUGCCGCACGAUCGCGACGUCACAUCAACGACAGGCGGCUUCUCAUCAACGACAGGUAGCAACCAGGCGAGUGUGCGAGACGACCCGCACGUGUGCACAUUGAGCGGCGACUGCUACGAUAUUCGGGUGCCCUCCGAGUACACGUUGCUCCGUCUGCCUUAUAACGAUCAGGAGCCGGCCGAUCUCCAGGUACUUGCUGACUUCGAUACCGAUGGCGUGCGGCCGUGCGGGCUGUUUGUCAAGCACAUUGCGCUGACUGGAUCGUGGCUCAACCAUCAAGUUGUAAGGAUUCGCCCCUACACUCGCGAUGUUGGCGGUUCCAACUGGGCGGGGAGCAAGGUGAUUACGAAUUUUUCAUUGCAGCUGGGCAGCUCCCCUUGGAGGUCCUUCACGCAGAAGGAGUCCCUUCAGGUGGUCGCGGUCGUCGGCCAGGUGACGGUGCGCUUCGUGUGGUCGGAGCAGUACGGCCAGCGCAUGGAGGCCCAGAGCCUGCAGUUCCUGGUGGGGCAGGGAGCCCAGCCUGGGGUGCUCACCAUUUCGCAGGCGUCGCACCAGGCCCUGAAUCUCGACAUGUUGGGCAUGGGCCGCCUGGGCUGCUCGAGGGUGGGGGGUGCGCUCGGCACCGAGGGGCACUCGACGGCGCUGGAGGAGCCCAGCCGCGAGUGCCGGGCGGCGGGGUCCGUCGACACCAGGAGGCAGAAGCGAGGGGCGGUGCAGCCGGAGCGCGCGUCGACGCUGAGGGCGUCCUGGGGGUGAGCCGCCCGCGGCCUCGGACGUGCCCGGGCCGCCUGGCCGAGGGGCGCCGGCACGGGUGUCCAGAUCUCCGAGGGCAUCUGUGUUCGACCAGACGUAGGAGUGACCUUUCGCCAGAGUGACCUGGUCGUGCGGGCACAGAUGGGUCCCCAGAUGGCUGAACACGGAGCAGCAGCAGCUGCUUGCGCGCCCAGGUUUGGUCCCCCCGCGGCCCCCCAAAAGUCUGGAACGCGCUCGUCCACUGGGGUCCAUGCUGCGAGCAGCAGC